AUGUCGCCAUCGCGUGAAGAACAGGCAUUGCAUCAACUGCAGUCGCAACAAUCCAAACUACUGGACAAAAUCGACGAACUCCGCGCUAUCGGAGUGGGGGGUCUUGUUGAACUCCCACAAGUGAUUGUCUGUGGCAACCAGUCCAGUGGGAAGAGUUCGGUGCUCGAGGCGAUUUCGCGAGUACGCUUUCCGGCCAAGAGUAAUGUCUGCACGCGAUUUGCGACCGAGGUGAUUCUUCGUCGCAGCCCACAACCAAAGAUCAAGGUCUCGAUCGAACCGGGAGAGUCGAGAACAAACGAAGCAGAACGUCAAAAACUCCGUGAGUUCGCGCCCCAGGCGUUUUCCAGCGACGGGGACCUCCCGAAGCUCAUCGAACAGGCGAAAGAAUGUAUGGGCAUUAGCAAUGAGGACACAGUCAACUCAGGGUUUAGCGACGACGUUCUGAAGGUCGCGAUUUCCGGUCCCGAUAAACCGGAGUUGACUCUGGUUGACCUGCCUGGGUUAUACUAUUCAACGAGUCGUGAUCAGGGUGCAAAGGGGAUUGAGAUCGUCCGAGGCCUGACGGAGAAAUACAUGAAGAAUACGCGCACCAUCAUCCUGGCGGUGAUCAGUGCGAAGACGGAUUAUCACCUGCAGGAAGUCCUGAACAUGGCAGAGCGAUUUGACAGCAAACGCGAGCGGACGCUGGGGAUUAUCACGCAGCCGGACAUUCUCGAAGCCGACUCGGAGGAGGAAGGCAAUUACCUGCAGUUCAUGCGAAAUGAGAAGAUACAUUUGCGACUUGGCUGGCAUGCGUUGCGUAACCGGUCCUUUGAAACACGCGACAUUUCCGACGAUGCGCGAGAUGAGAGGGAAAAGACAUUCUUCGAGCAGGGCCGGUGGGCGUCACUGUCGCGCGACUACGUGGGAGUCGAGAGCCUCAGACGCCGGCUGAGCACCGUUUUACUGCAGCACGUUCGCCGCAAUCUUCCAAGUCUGAUCGCUGAUAUCCAAGAUCAGAUUGCCGACCGGCAGCGGAGGUUGGCAAAGUUGGGACCUGCACGGUCGACCCUCCAGCAGCAACGAGGCUUCCUCCUGGACAUAAGCAGCAGCUUUGAACGCAUCACUAGUCAAGCCCUGAAUGGGAUGUAUGCGGAUGAGUUCUUUGGGGAGUUUGGCGAUGAUACGCAGGACUCUCAGGAUUUCCGCCGGCUCCGAGCAGUUAUCCGUGAGCUCAAUGAAUGCUUUGCUGACGCCAUGAACACUCGUGGCUCUCGUCGGAUCGUUCGAGAAUUGUUGAGCCAUUUCUAUGACUUAGACCAGGAGAAGAAGAAGAUGUACAUGGAAGACUGGUCACCCGAAUACAUCACUCGUGAAGCGCUCGAGAAGGAAAUCGGCGAACAGGCUCGUAAGAACCGUGGCAUCGAGCUUCCAGGAAGUGCAAACCAGUUACUUGUAGGAAACCUGUUUCGAGACCAAUCCAAACCGUGGGAGGGCAUUGCUCGGUUGCACUUAUUGAAUACCUGGGAGUCAGUGAAGUACUUUGUUUACCUCCUCCUCCGGCACCUCACAGAUGAGCCUACGUACACACUACUGGUGGGCACGGUUCUUGCACCCCAGCUGGAGCGGAUGAAGGAUGGCUUGCUAAACAAGCUCGGGGAGCUGACUGCCUAUACGAAGCGCGGACAUCCCUUGCCUAUUGGAAAGAGCUUUCUAUCGAAAAUUCAAGUCGCCCGAACGAACCGCCAGAUUGCCGCGCUGAGGAAGGGUCUAGGCCUUUCUCGUUCAUUUUUUGGACUCAAGGAUGGUUCCAGGUCAUUUGAUGCUGAUGAUCUAGAGAGGGCUGCCUCCGAGCUUCGAUCGUCCAGCGAUCAAUUUGCAGCAGCUGAGAUCAUCGACCAGAUGCAGGCAUACUACGAUACGAGCAUUGUCACAUUCGUGGACAACAUUGCAACCCUUGCCAUCGAGAAUUGCCUUCUCGGUCCACUGGAAAGAAUAUUCACUAGCCAGACUGUUAAUAACAUGGACGACCAGCAGAUUCGCGAGCUUGCUGAAGAGCUGCCACAUGUCCAGCAUGACCGACAACGACUGGAUCAGGAGCUGAACAAGUUACAGGCAGGUUUGGACACUUUCAACAUCUUCAGCACCGAGAGCUCCUCAUUACAGCGACCCCCGAUGUUUGCGAAGCCGAAGCCGGCCUCAGCACACCCGUCUCUUUUCCAAGGCCUAGAUCCAAUUGCUCUGCGCAAGAAGCUUGAGCCACAGUCCAAAUGUAGAUAUCCGGACCCAUGCAAGAUAAUAGUUUGUGCUAACCUAUCGAACAGCACACUCGAUUCCUACAACAAGUAG